AUGUCGCGAGUGUUUGUUGGGAAUUUGGAUCCGCGAAUGACGGAGAGAGAACUCGAAGAUGAAUUUCGGAUCUACGGAGUUCUGCGAAGUGUAUGGGUUGCCCGAAGACCACCCGGUUAUGCUUUUGUUGAGUUUGACGAUCGCAGGGAUGCUCUGGAUGCAAUUCAGGCAUUGGAUGGGAAGAAUGGAUGGCGUGUGGAGCUCUCGCACAAUUCUAAGGGAGGUGGUGGAAGCCGUGGUGGUGGGCGUGGACGUGGUGGAGGUGAGGACUCGAAGUGUUAUGAAUGUGGUGAACCUGGUCAUUUUGCUCGAGAGUGUCGUUUGCGCAUAGGUCCACGCGGCUUAGGAAGUGGACGCCGUCGAAGCCCCAGUCCUCGACAUCAUCGCAGUCCAAGUUAUGGGCGUAGGAGUUACAGCCCUCGUGGGAGAAGAUCCCCACGCCGUGGUCGUAGCUACAGCAGGUCUCCUCCAUAUCGCCGUGCUCGUCGUGAUUCACCUUAUGCCAAUGGAGCCUGA